AUGGAGGAAGUGCAGGUGGUCAUCGUCGGUGCUGGUCCGGCUGGCUUAGCAACCUCAGCAUGUCUUAAUCAUCUUAACAUUACAAAUGCGGUACUCGAAAGAGAAGAUUGCUAUGCUUCUCUUUGGAAGAAAAAGUCAUAUGAUCGUUUGAAGCUACACUUAGCAAAGCAAUUUUGCGAACUUCCCUAUAUGCCUUUCCCUUCGGAUACACCUACAUACGUCCCCAAGAAUUUGUUUGUUCAAUACUUGGAUACUUAUGUAUCCCAUUUCAACAUAAACCCUAAGUGCAACCGAAGCGUGAAGUCUGCUUUCUACGAUGUGGAUUUAGAGAAAUGGUAUGUCAAGGUCGAGAACACGCUUUCGGGUGCACAAGAAAUGUAUCUUGGGAAGUUUCUUGUGGUGGCAAGUGGUGAAAAUAGCGUAGGUUAUAUUCCUCAAGUGCGUGGCUUGGAUGGGUUCAAUGGGCAGGCCAUUCAUUCAAGCAAGUACGAAAACGGCAAGAAAUAUGGUGGGAAAAAUGUUUUGGUCGUUGGUUCUGGUAAUUCAGGCAUGGAAAUUGCUUAUGAUUUGUCGAAUUCAGGAGCUAAUACUUCCAUUGUUGUCCGUAGCCCGGUACAUGUUCUCAGCAAGGAAAUUGUGUUCUUUGGAAUGGUUUUGUUAAAACUCCUCCCAGUUACAAUAGUCGACAAGGUUGUCGUAGGAUUAGGCAAAUUGAAGUAUGGAAAUUUAUCCAAGUACGGGAUUCAAAAGCCAAAACAGGGACCUUUUUAUCUCAAGGCUACUAAGGGUCGAUCCCCCACUAUCGACGUUGGUUGCAUUAAGAAGAUUAAAACCAGGGAAAUAACGGUCUUGCCUUCCAUAACAAGCAUAGAAGGAAAUCUAAUCAGAUUUGAAAAUGGCAUCUAUAAUUGGUACGAUGCUAUCAUAUUUGCUACAGGCUACAAAAGCAGCGUUCUAAAUUGGCUUAAGGAUGACAACUGCUACUUUAACGACAAUGGAAUGCCACGAAAGAGGUUCCCAGAUCACUGGAAAUCAGAAAAUGGUCUUUACAGCGCUGGGUUCUCAAGCCGUGGAUUGCUUGGCAUUGCACAUGAUGCACAUUGUAUAGCAAAUGACAUUAGUUCGUCUUUGAACUUACACUACAAGAAAAUGGAAUGA